CUGCCGGGCGCGGACUGGCCGGUCGACGAUCUGGCGCCAGGCGAGCGCGAUGAAUUGAGCGCCGGACCGGCGCGGGGCCACAGCUACUGGAGCCUCUCGACGCGCCGGCUGUUCCGGAAGAAGCUGGCGGUGAUUUGCCUCACGCUGAUCGUGUUCCUGUACGGCGGAGCGCUGCUGGCGCCGCUGAUCACACCCUACGAGUACACCGCGCAGGAUCUGUCGCAGAGCCGGGCCGGGCCCACGCUGGCGCAUCCGUUCGGCGCAGACCGGUUGGGUCGCGACAUGAUGACCCGGGUGAUCUACGGGCUGAGGACCACGGUGAUCAUCACGAUUGCAUCGCUGAUGGGCGGAACCCUCGUCCUGGGCAUAACGCUCGGAUUGAUCAGCGGAUACAUGGGCCGGUGGGUGGAUUCGCUGAUCAUGCGGACGGGCGAGGUCACGUCGUCGUUUCCGGACAUCAUCCUGAUCCUGAUAUUCGUGGCGGCGUUGCGGCCGCGACUGGUGGGAGCGGUGCAGGGGUUUGAGGACGCAACGGGGAUCGACUGGAUUCUGCGGUUGGGACUGCUGGACUACGCGAUCAUAUCGCUGGCGCUUUCGAUCUUUGGAUGGUUCGGGAUGGCCCGGCUGGUGCGAGGGCAGGUGUUGCAGGCGCGGGAGAGCCAAUACACAGAGGCGGCGUUGGUGGCGGGAGCGUCGACGGCGCGGAUCCUGCGGGCGCACGUGCUGCCGAAUAUCCUGAGCCCGCUGAUCGUGUCGAUCUCCGCGGGACUGGCGGGGGUGGCGGGGUCCGAACUGGUUCUGAGCUGGAUCGGGAUUGGGGUGCAGCCGCCGGUGCCGAGCCUGGGACGGAUGAUGUUCGAGAACGGCAGCAUACAGGUGCUGCGGAACGAGCCGCAUCUGCUGCUGUUCCCGAUUGGGACGGUGACGCUGCUGUUCUUCUGCUUCAACAUCCUGGGGGACGCGGUGAACGACGCGUUCAACCCGAGGACGCGUUGA